AUGUGCUUCGCACGACCUGGUAGGCAAAAACGUGAUGUAACAACUUGUCUCCACAUUGAUCGAAAAGCAGGCAAAAUGUUGGCAUCCAGAUUAGCCAAGACUCCCGUGAGAAAUGUGGCGCUUUUGCGCAACUACAGCAGCAUCAACCCGUUGAUGGCAAGACAAGGUCCCGUUUCUCCGGCGUUGAAUUUCUUCCAGAAGGAACGUCUACCAGCAAACACCAUUAUCAAGUUCGUUCCCCAACAAACGGCUUAUGUGGUGGAACGGAUGGGAAAGUUUCACAAAAUCUUGAAGCCUGGUAUGGCCAUCUUGAUUCCCGUGCUUGACAAGAUCACAUACGUCCAAUCUUUGAAAGAAACCGCCAUUGAGAUUCCUUCUCAGAAUGCAAUCACCGCCGACAAUGUCUCUUUGGAAUUAGACGGAAUAUUGUACGUCAAGGUACAUGAUCCUUACAAGGCAUCUUACGGAGUUGAAGAUUUCAAGUUUGCGAUUAGCCAGCUUGCGCAGACAACCAUGAGGUCUGAAAUUGGUUCGUUGAACUUGGACUCGGUGUUGAAGGAGAGACAACUGUUGAAUUUCAACAUCAACAAGAUCAUAAACGAAGCCGCCAAAGAACACUGGGGAGUUGAGUGUUUGCGUUACGAGAUUAGAGAUAUACAUCCUCCUCAAAAUGUAUUGGAUGCCAUGCACAGGCAAGUAAGUGCCGAAAGAUCAAAGAGGGCAGAAAUCUUGGAGUCCGAAGGUACUAGACAGUCUCGCAUUAAUAUCGCCGAAGGUGAAAAGCAAGCUUUGAUUUUGAAGGCAGAAGCCACUGCUUUGAGCAUUGAAAAGAUUGCCAACUCUAUCAAGAAUACCCCAGGUGGCACUGAUGCCAUUAACCUUCAGGUGGCACAAGAGUACAUUAAAGAGUUUGGUAAGAUUGCCAAGGAAACGAACACCAUUGUUCUUCCUUCCAACUUGGGCGAUUUAAACGGUUUGAUGGCUGCAGGGUUAGGCAUGUUCCAAACUUUGAACAGAAACACUGACAAAAAGAUUGAAAGUGUUACCGAAAAGGGAGAGGAAGCGAAGUAG